CAGGCGGCUCCGGGGAGCCCAGGGACAUGGCACUGCCCGACGAUGAGGAGGGGACAACGGUGGCGAACGGGCACCCGCCCGCCAACGGAUACCUCCCGGUCCCGGGGGACUCGCCUGCUGGAAAGGUGAGCGCGGAGACGCAGAACGGGCCCAAAGCCGGCUGCCUGGCCCUGAAUGGGGUCUCUCGGGACAGCCCCAAGGCCGCCUCGGGAGCUCUGGGCAGGCCGAAAACUCCGCUGGCCCCGGAGGAGGAGACCCAGGCCCGGCUGCUGCCCAAGGACCCCGGCGAGGAGACGCCGGCGGUCGAGGGCACCCUGGUGCCCCGGACUGCGCUCUCCGCGCGGCGCUUUUUGGUGCUACUGAUCUUCAGCCUGUACUCGCUGGUGAACGCUUUUCAGUGGAUCCAGUACAGCAUCAUCAGCAACGUUUUCGAGGGUUUCUACAACGUUUCCUCGCUGCACAUUGACUGGCUGUCCAUGGUGUACAUGCUGGCCUACGUGCCCCUCAUCUUCCCGGCCACCUGGCUGCUGGAUACCAGAGGCCUGCGGCUCACCGCCCUGCUGGGCUCCGGCCUCAACUGCUUGGGCGCCUGGAUCAAGUGCGGCAGCGUGCAGCAGCAUCUCUUCUGGGUCACCAUGUUGGGCCAGUGCCUGUGCUCUGUGGCCCAGGUGUUCAUCCUCGGCUUGCCCUCCCACAUCGCUUCAGUGUGGUUUGGCCCCAAGGAGGUGUCCACGGCUUGCGCCACCGCCGUGCUAGGUAAUCAGCUUGGAACUGCAGUUGGCUUUUUGCUGCCACCAGUGUUAGUGCCGAACACACAGAAUAACACACAACUGCUGGCUUGUAAUAUCAGUACCAUGUUUUAUGGAACUUCAGCUGUCGCCACAUUUUUAUUUAUUUUAACAAUAAUUGCAUUCAAAGAAAAACCUCAGUAUCCACCAAGCCAGGCUCAAGCAGUUCUCCAAGACAGUCCCCCUGGAGAGUAUUCCUAUGUGAAAUCAAUAAGGAACCUAUUUAAAAAUAUUCCUUUUGUCCUUCUAUUGAUCACUUAUGGUAUCAUGACUGGAGCAUUUUAUUCAGUCUCAACAUUAUUAAAUCAAAUUAUACUGACAUACUAUGAGGGAGAAGAAGUGAAUGCUGGAAGGAUUGGGCUAACGCUAGUAUUAGCUGGAAUGGUGGGUUCUAUUCUUUGUGGUUUAUGGCUGGAUUAUACCAAAACAUACAAACAUACUACUUUGACAGUUUACAUUUUGUCUUUUGUUGGAAUGGUUAUAUUUACUUUCACACUAAACCUUGGACACAUUGUCAUCGUGUUUGUCACUGGAGGGUUGCUUGGUUUCUUCAUGACUGGUUACCUCCCCUUGGGUUUUGAAUUUGCUGUUGAAAUCACUUACCCUGAGUCUGAAGGUACUUCAUCUGGUCUUCUUAAUGCUGCUGCACAGAUAUUUGGAAUUUUAUUCACAUUGGCGCAAGGAAAGCUCACAUCAGACUAUGGUCCUAGGACAGGGAACAUUUUCCUCUGUGUUUGGAUGUUUGUAGGCAUCAUUUUAACAGCAUUAAUCAAGUCCGAUCUGAAAAGACACAAUAUAAAUAAAGGAAUUACAAAUGGCGAUAUUAAAGCUGUACCAGUUGAUAGCCCCACAGAUGAAGAAUCAAAAACUAUUCUGAUGUCCAAGCAAUCAGAAUCAGCAAUUUGAGGUGAAAGGAAAAGUUAAUAUCAUGUGAUGAUUGAGUAAUAAAGCUUAGUUUAUAGGUUGUGGGGAAUGGACACUUACUUGAAAAUUAUUGUAUGACUCCUGUAUGCAGUUACUGUUCUUACUUGUUAAUUUAAGCAAUAUUUUGCUUUAAAUACUUUUGUUUACAUCAUUUUAACACUACCAUUUAUCUAAUGAGUGUCCCAUCUUAUAUUAUUGACCUAAAAGUAAGCUUCUUGACAUUUGGUUUUCAAAAGUAAAUGUUCUUUUUGUAGAAAAUGGAAGCUUAGAAGGCUUUCUAAAAUGAUAAUAUGGAGGUCCAAUCCCUUCAAGUCACAUAGGAGUACAUGCAGUUUGUUUAUAUACAACUAUCCAGUGGAACCAAGUGUACAAUGUAUUCCUAAUUAUCUCCCUUUCCAUUGUUCAGACCAGCUGUCCAAGCCCCCUCAGUGUGAAUACAGUCUACGAAUAUGACACUUCUAACCCACCAAAUGACACUAUUGGGAUGAGACUUCCAGAUGACCUCUUAAGAUUUUUCCCAUUUCUUACAUUCUUGUUAGAAAAUACUUUGUAACAGGUACUGUCAGUGGCCAUAAAAACUUUUCUGUGUGCAGACGGAACCCAUAACUUUGGUCUUAGGCAUAUGUUCUCAUUAAGCGAAGUAGCCCAGACACAGCCUCAUUACCUUGAGUUCUUCUUUGUGCUGCCUUCCCAUUCAUUGUAAGAAUGCUAACACUAUAUUUUUUCACUCCAACUUGAUAUAGAGUAGUUUUGUAUCCACUACCUUUUUUUACUCUUUUUUUUUCUUCAAUGUAUAACUUUCUAGUAAGAAAAUUUCAUCCUAUGUGUUACUGGCUUUUUCAUGAUUUUUUGUAUCACACCUUAUACUUUUGCCUUGAAGAUUCCUGAGAUAAGGAAAUCUGUAAUAACUUCAGGUAGCCUAGGUAUUCCCAUUUAGUGGAGGGAGACCUCUUGAAAUGCUGUCUGUUCUAAUUCAGCAAAUCAUUCUUUAUGGAAUCUUUAUCAUUCUUUGAGGAAUCCUUUGCCCAGGUCUGUGCUCCCUCAGUGUGUUGGGGGAGUGGAUUCUUUUCUUCACCACAGAAUGUGCAUAGGCUCCAAACUGUUGGAACAGUUUGCUCUUUUACAUGCUCAGGGUAAGGAGAAUAGGACCAAAUGCAUUUCCACAGUGCCUACCACUGCGUUUUGUUUACAGUGAGAAUCUCAAUGUUGUUCAUGUCCUGGCUCUCUAAGCUGAUAGGAAUAUCUUUAGAGUAAUGGCAUUUAAACAGCCAUAAUAUUUAUAUUAUGUCCACAUAAACACAGAAAGCCAAUCAGGUAUUCCCUUGAAUAUCCUUGAAGUGAAUUAGCAAUUCUGAUUUGGGUGUACUAUAUGCAUCGCUUUAUACUGAAAUUAUAACAUUCUCUGUAACCAAAUGACAGUAAAUUAUGUGGAAUCUUACCCUGGAGAAUGUGUUAACCAGAAGAACUUAGCUGGGAAUCAGGAACUUCAGGUCUAUGUCCUCGAUCUGUUUCUAGUUUUCCUGUAAAUCAGGCAGGACUUUUCUCAUCCGUAUAAUGAAUGUGUAAAAUUUGAUCUCAGAGAUCUUUUUUGAAUUUUAAAUGCACUCAUCGGGGAUAGACCAAAUCAUUGUACCACAGGAACUUAAAUCUAGCUGUAGAAAAAUUCCCUGGACAGUUGAAUAAACAACUGUGGUUGUUACCUUGUAGAUACAGGGAACUUAAAAUCUGUUUUUAGAACUCCCCUGGUGGCGCAGUGUUUAAGAAUCUGCCUGCCAAGGCAGGGGACACGGGUUCAAGCUCUGGUCCCGGAAGAUCCCACAUCCUGCGGAGCAUCUAAGCCCGUGCGCCACAACUACUGAGCCUGUGCUCUAGAGCCCACGAGCUGCAACCACUGAGCCCGCGGGCCACAACUACUGAAACCUAUGCACCUAGAUCCUGUGUCUGCAACAAGAGAAGCCACCACAAUGAGAAGCCUGUGCACCACAACGAAGAGUAGCCCCUGCUCACCACUAGAGAAAGCUCUCACGCAGCAACGAAGACCUAACACAGCCAAAAGUAAAUUAAUUUAAAAAAUAUGCAUGACAAAAUUUUUAAAAAAUAAAAUCAAAUCUGUUUUUAGCCUUUUUGUUCAGUUGGUGAUAGCUCAGGCAGAAUAUGCUGAAUCAUUAACUUCCUUAGAUAUUUACAUCACAGAUUUUAUGGCCAAAAAUAUAUUUUAAGGCCCCUCCUCUAAAUAAUUGUUUUUACUUUUAAACUGUCAAUGUUAUUUCAAAUAAUCAUAUACUUGUCAAGUUCCUGAGGUUUGAACAAAUUACAGAUAAAAGUUGGAAUAUUUUAUUUCUGAGAAGCAUAUAUACAUAUAUGUCAUGUGUAUUUUUCCUUGUUGAUUAGAAAAAGAAUGACAUAUGUGACAAAACACAAAUUGAAUUGAUAAUUUUUCUGUAUUUUGAACUAAAUUUGUCUGUAAUAUAUCAAACAAGAAUGUCAUGUAAUUCUAUGUCGUAUCUUUGGAAUAUGGAGUUGGUAACUAUCACUUGUAUAAACUUUAAUCAAGUGAUUUUAGAAAGAAACUGGAUGCUUUCAAAAGCUCUUGUAUUUAUAAAAUGUUGCAAAUAUAGCUUUUGCCUUUUGUGAAUGUGUUUUAAAAAUGUGUUUUAAAAAUAUGUGUAAACAUAGAGUAUUACCUGAAGAAUGC